AUGGAGGGUGAGCAAUUCGGCGACAAGUUCGACUCUACGUACAAUCCACCAUUUUGGUACGGUCUCGUGAAUACCGUGUUAGCUACGUCAUUUCUGACGCUGGACAUACUUACUGUCGUAGCAAUCCGACUUCAUGAGAACUUCCCAAAGUGGAUGUCGUACCAGAUCAUUUUCUUCAUAUCACUUUGCGAUAUCGCACAGCUCACAGGACACGUAUGCAGUGGAGUGUCACUGAUGUUGGAGUGGGAAAUGCCAUAUCUAUUGAACAUAUUUAUUGGCUCCAUAAUGAGUGGUGCCUGGAUUUCGUCAAGCAUUUACGGUAUACUGCUUGCCGUACAUCGACUAUUCAGUGUAGUGUAUCCUCUCUACGAACUGAGAUACUUCACUGGAAGAAGCAAAACGACAAUUUUUUCUUUCGCUCAUUCAACGAUUCCGUUCUUCAUUAUUUUAAAGUGGAUUGGUCCCCUUCGGUAUAAAUUUCAUCUGGAAUUAUUUUCGUGGCACUAUGACAAAUCAUUUGUUCUGGGCGAGAUAUCCUCUGUCAUUGAUGACUACUCAGUUGUUCCGUUUAUUUUGUGCUCGUUUGUGUGUUAUUCGAUGAUUUUCUACACUAUUGAGACCAAGGGCGAUACGCGAGAAUGUCCUGCAAUUACUGCAGUGUCGACGCCGUAA